AUGUUCUUUUUCUUCACUUGCGGAACACACACAUUCACAUCUCCCCUCAAAGGCGCCGAGCACAUAACACUACGUUGUCAAAACUGCAACAACCCCACGGGCAGGGUGAUGAAGCGCUGGGAAUGGUUUACCUUUUGCUUCAUCCCCGUCAUACCGUUUAGUCUGAAGCCGUACAAGGAAGUUGGGUGUCAUAUCUGCAAAUUCUGGCAGGACAUCGCGUAUCGACUGGAGCCUGAACUGCAGCAGUUUGGAGGAGGGACCAAAGCGCAGGGUGGUGGUGCGGUCAUGAUGAACAAUUACGGUGGACCAGGUGGUGGACCUGGUGGUGCUCCGGGAUAUGGACCCCCGCCGCAAGGAGUGCCGCAGUAUAAGUAG